AUGCUUGGAUAUCUGACCGCUAUCGAAUACAUCUCUUCUGAAUUAUCGAAGGGUGAGGUUCUCAUUUUCCGUAGAGCCAACACGGGAAGAGGUUUCUUUAAGAAGGGUGGCCAUGAUCUGGAGAACUUGAACAUUUCAACACCCACGCGGGAGAAGCAAGGGCGUCAAGUACGGAAGCAGGGCGACAGAAGGAGAACCGCACUGAUGUCUUCCACUGGCAAGAAGUAUGCUACGAUAUCACAAUCAAAGGCGAGGCUAGGCGACUAUUGGAUCACGUUGGCAGCUGUGUCAAACCUGGGACGCUCACAGUACUACACCAGUCUAAAUAGGGCGUAUCCGGCACCGAGAAAGACUGGUUAUGUUCAACAAGAUCUGCACCUCGCAACUUCUACUAUUCGUGAGGCGUUGAGGCUCAGCGCCCUUCAGCCAAGAUAUAUCCCGAAGCAGGUAAAGCUUAACUGCGUUAAUACCGUGAUCGAUGGCUUGACAUGCAUGCAUAUGCUGAUGCGGUGUUUGGACUGGCCGGAAAUGUGGAAUAGCAGUCCCGAGUCUAAGGGUGUACCGGAUCAUCUCCAAGAGCUGAAGCAAGGCACAUCUGCACCCAGUGGAAAACUCGGCAAGUAA